AUGCGUGAACGCUUGAACAGUGCAUCGGAUCGCUACUCAGGCUAUCGUCAAGGAUCCUCACGAAUGGAAGAAGACCUGGCCAAACAGAGACGCAUAUUGGAGAUAGAAGCUCAAAUUCAAGCUCUAGAUGCGCAGUUGGCCGGGAUUUCACAGGUUGGACAUGUUUUUAAUCUCAGUAUUAAAUAACUCUUUUUUUCAAAGCGUGAAAGAAGAUAGAAACUAGAACUUAGUUUUUAAAAAAGCGUUUUUAGCAAGAUAACAUGUAUGCUCGAAUGGAAAGAGCUCAGUUCGAAGAGAUCUCGAGAAGAAGCAGGUCAAACAGAAGUAGGAGCCGCAGUCCUUCACACAGCCGUUAUUACCGUAGAUCUCGUUCGCCAGAGCAUCAUAGAGAAAGAGCCCAAGAAUUGUAUUACGAGGAAUCCAUGCGGUUUUUUUCCUGCAAGAAAAAAAUAAAAUUAUAUUAUUAAGGUAUGCGGAAAUGCCCUCGAUGUCAACUGAAUUCGUCAGACCAGCUAGCCCACCUAAACUAUUUUUGAAUAAAGAGACGUUCAGCGUUGAUCCCAUCCCUGUUUAUCCAAGUUUUUCUCCCGAACAGACGCUGGACGACCUUGAUUAUGGCAAUGACGGAACGUAAGUAUUUCAUUUUUCCUAAUCAAAUAUUUGCAAUUUACAUAAAAUGUUUCAGGGUUCGAGAGUUUCGCAGUGAAAGCGAAGAUUCCAGUUCUUCUCGAGAUAGAUAUAGCGACCAUGAAGAACGCAGCAGCAGGCGCUCCGACCGUGAUCGCGAAAAGCGAAAAGAAAGAUCCAGUCGUGACUAUCGCCGCCGCGACUCGCGUGAAAGAAGGAGAAGUCGCGGCUCAAGAGAUCGCAGAGACGAAGAAGAACGGUCUCGGAAAAGCCGCGACGACCGACGGCCACCCAAAGAAAGUUCCUAUCAAGAAACUCACCUGGAUUAUUCGAAGAGACGAGAAGAAGAGUACAGGCGAAUGAGAGACGCCGAGGAGAAAAGGAAGAAAGACGAGAGAAGUUCCUCCAAAAGGAAAGAAACCAGCAGCACUUCAAGGAGCAGUCGAAAUACCGGCAAGGAAUCGAAAGAAAGAGAAAGAGAUGGAAGAGGCAAAGUGGAAAAGUUCGUUUUUAAUUAGCGCUCUUGAAGCUUUCAUACCUUUUUCCCAGUUGCAGUAUUUCUAAAACGUUCUUUAUUUCAUCUUGAUUUUUUGAAAUGUAUUAAGUAGGUCGCAGGAAUAAUUUUUGUAAUGAAGGAGAAAAAAUGACAAAAGAACUGCGACGAGAAAAAUUUUUUAUGAGACUUGGAAGAACUUUUGAAAAUAUUUACAUACACUGCGACCCUAACCUAUCUUUCAUGUUUUCAGGAUUGACAAGACCAAGAAAAUAUUUGAGCGGAACCAAAUGUUUCUCAGCGAAAUUUCGUCCGCGAUGGGCACUAAUUUUCAGAUAGAAUAUCACUCGGAGACGUCUAAACCGGGAGGUUUUCUUUUCUGGCUGACUCUUGUUGUGAAGAAUGUUUUCAUGCAGAUUGGUGUGCUCGUGCAGCUCUCGACUGGUUGCCCAGCUCUUGCUUCAAUGUCAUCGUCGAAGGAAUCGAAAAUCAAGAGUUCCAUUUUUUCAUUCUCGGUUAAAUGAAAAGAAUAAUCAAAGGUCACAGGUCUGUAUAAAAGUAUCUUUAAAAAAGCACCCAUUUUUGACCGCUUAUUCAAAUUUUGACAUAAGCUUUCUAGGACAUCUUUCGUUUUUAUUUUCAAAAAGUAUAUAUUUCUGAAUUAAAAUGAAGAUAAUAAUACGAUCGUUUCAAAUUUAUCAAAUAAGGUUUGUAGCGAAGUUUUGUGAAGGUGCUGAAAAUUGAAGAAAAUCUUGAGAUUUCAUAUUCUCUUUUCAAUGACCUGAGAAGGACUGAAAAUAGCAUUUCGCCUUGAAACUAUUAUUGAAAUUGACUGCUUUCCAAAAAAUAUCCUUAUUGAAUUUCUCAAAGAAUGGCCGAACGGAAGGCCGUCGAAGAAUUGAUGCGUAGGGUAAUCGACCUGGGAAUCGUUCCUAGCGAUGUCAACUUGUGGAUGUACGAGUAUGAGGUUUUCCUUCACCUAAUUGUCAUCAAUAACUUAUAUUUUGAGCAUCUCCCUAUUUUCCUCGCCGGUAUACUGAAGCGGUUGUGCUCGGAAGUGUCCAAAUGCGCCUCGAGCAGUAAAAGUACUAAUUAAAUUUAUUUCAACCUUUCAAUUUGUUUUAUCAGACAACACGGAACGGUUCUUAAAAGACGCAAGUGAGAAAUGUGCCAAAUUUUGGUCGAUCGAAAAGCAGACGGUGGUGAGUUUUUUUUUUUGUUGAUUUUUUGCAAAGAUUCAUGUUUCGUGAUUACUUUCAAUGAUUGUCCGACUCCUCUUGAAUUUUUUUCUAAAAAUUAUUUUUGGGUUUUAUUUAAACUACUCCUAGGUGAUCUUUGUUAUUAUUUGUGUAAACUACGCGUUAUUUAAAUGACAUUAGCAAUCGAUUUCCCUCUUGGAUUUAUCAUCAGUGUUUGUAAGAGUAUUUCACUAUGAGCUGAAACUUUUUAGGUUUUCUACAAGUUUCAGAGAACUUUUUCUCUCGAUAACUUUAUUUUCCUGUGCUUUAAGCGUCUUAAUUAAUCAAGGGUUUGAAGAUCACACGAUUCUUGCAUAAUAAAAAAAAAACAGCAAUCAAGCCUUUGAGAUACUAUUCCAAGACCCCCAAGUUUCCACUCAAUUGUUCCUAAGAAAUUCCAUAGAUAACCUAGGAAUUUUUAUUUUGCCUGUUCACUGCUCUGUUUGACUUUAUGGGAUUUUUUUUCAAUAGUUCCAAACGUUUUUUUUAACCAAACUGGACCCUUAUUUUUUCGAGUGUUGUUCCACGUUCCCAAACACCCCACCCUAUGUUUUAUUGUUCAAUUUUCGGAGAAUUUGGAAAAAGUUGUUAAAUUUAAUCAUCGCUGAUUUGAGAGAGAAAGUACGCCAAGUAAUGAAACCGAUUUGCGCUUCAAGGCUUCUCUUAGCCCGCUGUUCAUCUGCUUUUAAACUUGUAAUUAGUAUAUUUUUUUGUAGUUGAAACUCAUAAUGGCUACAUCUAGCUUCAGGCUUGGAUCUGUAGACAUUAAGGUAGAAUUCAUUCAGAUAAACAAAAUUAUUGCUAGGUAAAAGAAAGAAAAAAUUCAAGAAAGCAUUAUGAAAGUGAUUAGAAAUUAACUGUUGUUGAAGGCGCAUGGACAGCGUUCUAUUGAAUAUCUUGACGUACAAAUCGGCUUCAAAUCGAUGCAGAUAUUUUCUUCUUAAGCCAGUGGUGAAUAGGCUGAUUUUAAUCGACAACUCUCCUUUUUAGGAGAAUUUCGUUCGUUUUCUCACCCCGGAAAGCUCCACAAAUGGCAGAAUGUCGUCUUCUUCACGGGUGGAGCUGGCCUCAAGGAGCGUCAGAGUGAUGGAGAAGCCGACACUGGAAAAGCCUUCCCAAUCGAAGAGUCAAGGCAGCGGACAACGUCAGCAACGCAACAACUGUUCCAAUAUCCCGUCGCUGAUGCAAGUGGAUUGCAACGUCGCUCCAAACUACGCCUUCCCAGAGUACUACCCACAACUCGACCCCCAGAUGGCCUUCAACUCCUACGCCUACAUGCAGCCGACCAACGCCUUCUACCCACCAACCUACGCUACGUAUCCCGACGUCGCCCCGAUGGUCAGCGGAUCUUCCAAAUCUUCAGCCAUUCCUCGCAAUGUUAUCAACCUCACUGGAAAUCUUCCUCAUCAAUGA